CCACGCCAACGCCCAAGCGGUGGCACUCCUCCUUGCCAUUGCCAGUGACGCCUGCCUGCCUCGCCGUAGCCCGCCGCCCCGCUCCGCCCGCGCCUAGAAGCGGCCGCCAGACCAGCCAAGUGACCCAAGUGGCCGGUGGCCGCCUAGUCGUCCCCUCCCGCGCCGACCGCCCACGCGGCGCCGCUCCGCACCAACAUUCCCUCGGGAACCACGGCGGCGCCCACUCCCACACCGCUUUAAACUAAACCCCCGCGCAGGCGCGCCAUUGUUGUUGUAGUUAGAAAAAGAAGGAACAGAAACAGAUAGAGCAACCGCCCUGCUCCCUUCCCUGGUCUCGCCGUCUCGCUCCUCGUCCCGCUCCCGCCCGCGUCGCACGGGAGGAACUGAACCGGCCGGCGCGCGCGGCAACCGCGAGAACCCCGGUAUCAAACUUCUAGUGCAUCACAAAGGAUACUGAAAUGGGUGCCAAAGAGAAUGGAGAAGAGAGAGAUGAUCAUUCAAGUGAUGUGGAAAGAGAUGGUAAACACGGGAAGGAAACUGAAACAGACUAUGAACCAGCUAGAAAUUCCCUUUCAUCACCUGGUGAGGCUACCAAUAAUGAAGACACUAAAGUGAAAAGAGUCUCAAGGGUUCCAAAGAAGCUAGCAAGGAAAGAGUCUAAGGAAAACAGCCCACGCUCAGCAAGAAGCAUUUCCAAUCGUCAAAUCCACACCAAGCUGCAGUUUAUAUCGUCAAACAGUAGCCAGAACAAAUCGCCAAAAUCAAACAAAGCAGCUAAUGGCGCUAAAACUGUUGAAAUGAAGAAGCCAGAGACUCCGAAAGCUCCUUCUUGUUCUUCAUCUGAGAUGUCUGAGGAAACAGAUGACAAAGCUAUUGAGGAUAGACCCACAGAUGACAAAGCAGUUGAGGACAGAGUCAAGGAUGAUAGCGCUGUUGAAGGCAGAGCCACCAAUGAUCAAGCCGUUGAUGACAGAGCGAAGAAUGAUAAGGACAUUGAGGACGGAAUGAAGGAUGAUAAGGCCAUUGAAUGUGAAGUCACUGAUGAUAAACCUAUUGAGAGCAAAGUAACUGAUGAUAUUGCCAUUGAGGUAGAGAUUGAAGGUAAAGCCAUUGAAGAGGCAAAGGAGAUCGAUAUAUUGGAUGAAGCUCCGAAAUGUGAUCAGAGUACUGGCACUGAUGAUGAAAUUGCUGAUACGGAAGAAAACAUAGCUGAUAAUGGCAACUCAGUUUCAUAUGAAAAUAAUGAGGAAUUAUAUACAAAAAUUGAGAAGUUGGAGCAGGAGCUACGUGAAGUUGCUGCCCUUGAGAUUUCUCUCUACUCUGUGGUGCCAGAGCACGGUUGUUCAUCACAUAAGUUGCAUACACCAGCUCGCCGUCUAUCUAGGAUGUACAUUCAUGCAUCAAAAUUUUGGUCCUCAGAUAAGAAAGCUUCAGUUGCAAGAAAUUCAAUUUCUGGGCUUGUGCUUGUUGCAAAGUCUUGUGGCAAUGAUGUUUCAAGGUUGACAUUUUGGCUAUCGAACACAGUUGUCCUGAGAGAAAUCAUUGCACAAACAUUUGGUACUUCACGACACUCAAGUCCAGUUCGGGGUUUCAGCACAAAUGGUAAUGCAAAGAAGCCUGACAGGAGUUUCGCUCCAACGCGAUGGAAAAGUAACUAUAAUGGCAAGUAUGCGAAACCCAAUAUCAUGCAGCUGCCAGAUGAUUGGCGGGAAACUAGCACGCUGCUGGAUGCGUUGGAGAAGAUCGAAUCUUGGAUCUUUUCUCGGAUUGUUGAGUCUGUGUGGUGGCAGGCAAUGACACCCCACAUGCAAGCCCCUGUAGAAGAUUUGUCAACUCCAAAGAUUGGGAAGUUAUUAGGGCAUUCUUUGGGUGAUCAGCAACAUGGGAAUUUUUCUAUUGAUCUCUGGAAAACUGCAUUUCAUGAUGCAUUCAGCAGAAUCUGUCCUCUCCGUGCUGGUGGACAUGAGUGUGGAUGUUUACCAGUGUUGGCAAAAUUGGUGAUGGAGCACUGCAUAGCCCGUUUAGAUAUUGCUAUGUUUAAUGCCAUCCUUCGUGAAUCAGAGAAUGAGAUACCUACCGAUCCUAUAUCUGACCCAAUUGUGGACUCAAGAGUUCUGCCAAUUCCAGCUGGCGACUUAAGCUUUGGAUCAGGCGCACAGCUGAAGAACUCUGUUGGGAAUUGGUCCAGAUGGUUGACUGAUACAUUUGGCAUGGAUGCUGCCGAAUCUGGAAAGGAUGGUCAAGAUGUGGAAAGUAACGGUGAUGACAGAAGAGAUGCAGCUGAAUCAACUUGUUUUAAGCUACUUAAUGAGUUGAGUGAUCUUUUGAUGCUCCCGAAGGACAUGCUUCUCGAGAAAACCAUUAGGAAAGAGGUCUGUCCUUCCAUUGGCCUUCCACUAGUAACAAGAAUACUCUGCAACUUCACUCCUGAUGAGUUCUGCCCUGAUCCUGUUCCUGGCAUGGUUCUAGAGCAGCUGAAUUCUGAGAGUUUGCUGGAGCGAUUCACAGAGAAAGACAUGAUCAGCACAUUCCCAGUCACCGCUGCUCCAGUGGUGUACAGCCCCCCUACGCUGGAGGACGUCGCGGAGAAAGUGGCUGACACAGCUUGUGGCAAUCCAGAGCUGGACCGGAGGGGGUCAAUGGUGCAGAGGAGAGGGUACACCAGCGAUGACGAUCUGGAUGACCUGGAGUUCCCCCUGGCAUCCCUGUACGACAAGAGCAAUCCCCCCUCCCCGUGCAACAAUGGCGUCGCACAUUUCAGCACUCGGCAGGGAGCCUCCAUUGAGAAUGCGAGACACGAGCUCCUGCGAGAAGUAUGGUCCGAACGGCGAUGAUCAAUACGGCAUGUGGAGCCUCUUUGAUCUCUGCAUUGUAGAAAUGGUGGGACAACCUUGAAGAAAAGCUUUAAUCGGAAAGCGAUGAACAAAAUGCUAGUAUAUUCAUUUGUUCUUGUAUAUCCGUUCCUCUGUGAGCCUAGCAUACAAGAAGUUUGAGAAUAGUUCUCACAUUAUUUUUUCCUCUGUAUAUGAUAUAGUGCAAUUGUAUUCUACAGUGGCUGUGAUGAAUGUGAUGUGAUGAUGAAAGAUUGGGAGACGUAGCAUCA